GAUGAGGCGAUGAUGGCCUACGGAGGAGUAAGCGGUGCCGGAUUAGUGGCAUCGUCGAGCAGUUCGGAUGUCCUUGGAUCAACGCCGGAUUACAGUCCAAGGGGCACUCCAGCGCCUUUAAAUCAUUCAUCUGGAGCAACGGAGAGUUUAUCUCUCCAGGUAUACAGUCCCCAAGACAGUCCAGCGAGUUCCGCCGGUGGCGGUGCCGUCGGCAAUGGUCAAUUGCCAAGUUUUGGAUUUACACAGGAGCAGGUCGCCUGUGUAUGCGAGGCGAUGGUGUCGUCUGUCCAGGUUCUCCAGCAAUCUGGAUCAGUGGAGAGGCUUAACAGGUUUCUAUGGUCACUCCCGGGCUGUGCGCGAUUACACCGUCACGAGAGUGUAAUCAAGGCAAAGGCCAUCGUAGCAUUUCAUCGGGGAAAUUUUAAGGAGCUCUACAAAUUAUUGGAAAGCCACAAUUUUAGUACGCACAAUCAUCCUAAACUCCAAGCACUUUGGCUCACUGCACACUACAUCGAGUCCGAGAAACUGAGAGGAAGGCCCUUAGGUGCUGUUGGGAAGUAUCGAGUGAGGCGUAAAUUCCCGUUACCAAGAACAAUCUGGGACGGGGAGGAGACAUCCUACUGCUUUAAGGAGAAAUCGAGGAGCAUUCUGAGGGAUUGGUAUGCAGCGAAUCCUUAUCCGUCUCCACGUGAAAAACGGGAAUUAGCUGAAAAUACGGGUCUCACCACGACUCAAGUUAGCAAUUGGUUCAAGAAUCGAAGACAACGAGAUCGAGCUGCUGAGCAUAGUGGUCAGAGAGAAGAGAAGGGUAACAGUGGAGCUCUUGGCGAUUCGAGUUGUGAGAGUGGCGACGACACGAAACAAUUGUCAAUUGGUCCUGCGUCACAUAAAUUACAUGAUCAAACACCCCAAACGCCAUCGUCUUGUGCUGUUCAACAACAGCAGCAACAGCAUCAGCAACAGCAACAACAACAGCAGCAAUUGGAUCAUCCACAGACAUCAAAUAUGUAUCCAUUACUGCAUCCGGUAACAGUCUCGAGUCCCCAUUCCUAUCAUCAAGGUCACACGCCAACCUUGAGUCAUUCUCAUACCUCAACGCAUCAUAUGCAACCCCACGACACAAGUAGUGAGAGUGGAGACGAUAAGAGGAAUCUCCAUCAUCAGUUACAGCAUCAUCUACAGGGUGGUCAUAGUGCCCAUGGUCUCGUUCAUCCCACCGCGACCUUGGCUCAACAUCCAUCCAGCUGUGCUCAACAAAAGACGCAGCUCGACUAUAUGCACCAAUACUAUCCACAGGACUAUCUAAUCACACCGACCUCGGAUCUGCAGAAGUCCCUUCCCCACACAUCAUCGCCGAUGCAAAUGGGAGCGAUAGCGCCAACGAUGGGCGGAUUGAGUCCCAUGGGUCCCUCGACAAUGUUAUCUAAUACGAUGUCAAGUGUCAACCCAAAUAACAUCGUCUCGAUGAAUGGAAUGGGCAUGGGUUCCUAUCAAGGCAUGGGGAUGUCAACACCGCACGGUGGUUAUCCCAGUGGUCUCGUCUUGGGAGAUUAUCACUCGUUGUGACUUUGGACCCCAGGCAGUGAGGGUAAACGCAAUCAGGAAAAGACUUAGGGAAGUAAGCAAUUUGCGAAAAACAAUUAUUUUCAAACUAAAAAAAAGGGACACACUUUUCUUCUUUUUUUCUAAUCGCCAAAAAGAAUAUUUCUCAUGCACUAUUUUACUUUUACGAAUUCAGUUUCAAAUUCAAUUUGAAAUUGAGUUUUUCAAUUCGAUUUGAAGUUGAAUUUUUCAAUUCAAUUUAAACUUUUCAAUUCAAUUUGAAAAUAAAUUUUUCAAUUCAAUUUGAAGUUAAAUUUUCCAAUUCGACUUGAAAUUGAAUCUUUCAAUUACGUUUAAUUAAUAUUUAUAAUUACUCAACUCGGUAAUUAACAAAGUUAAUUUUAUUUUACAUUCUCAAAAAUUCAACAAUUCUUUAUAUACUCGAAAGCGAUGGUAGAGUUGCGAAAAAAUUGCUAAAACUUCCUUGAAAGUUAAGAUGAAAAACAUUUGUAACUAUUAAAAAAAACACCCGAUCGAUGCUCUUUUUCUCGCCAAAAAAAAAAAAAAAAAAAAAAUAAGAGCAACGUUAUCGAAUCAAUAGAAAAAAGACAUUUUAGCAUUUUCAGUUUUCUUAAUCAUCGUAUUACAUAUAUAUAUAAAUAUUUAUUUAUCUAAAAAAAUUUCCAGUCAGUUUUCAAGUUGACACAAAUAUUCUUCUAUUUUAAACAACA